AUGGAAUUGUUCAAGUCUACAUUCUGUAAAGAAAUUGAUGAAGAAGAAAUCGAUUUCAUUGAUCUUACUCGUUUCGAUGGAUACAAGUUGAGCUUAGCGCUAACACUAGGACAAAUUCCAAUCAAGAUUAAAAGUCUUGGAGACAAAAUUUGGUACUUUAAGAAUGACUACUCUGGAGGAAUUAUUUCCAAUAAACCUCAGCUUCAUCCUAUGAUUGAUUUUAGAACUAAUAUUACUAACAUGAAAGAUUUCAAGGAAUUUGAUCUGAAAUUCUUAGAUGACAAAGUAGUGUUCAAUGAGCAUAUUCUGUUGGAUAUGAAAACAAAUAUUGAGGAAGAACUUAUAGAAGAAAUGAGAGAAAAGUCUGAUGUUUCGAUUGAGAUUCACGCGAGUAAUCAAGACUCUACAAUGCCUCAUGAGAUAUUAGAUGAUGUAGAAGGUUUCUUUGGAAAAUGGUGGCUUAGAAUUUGGAGAGUUGGUGUCACUUUGCCAGCAAUUUUAGUAUACCUCUUUAUAGUCAGAUCAUUCUGGAUGAUACUUUCACCAAAAACUUUUAUUGAUAGGAAAAAUAGAAAACGAAGAAGAGAGUAUGAGGCUGUAGAAUUAAGGGAAAUCGUACACCGUCCAUCUGUUCAAUCGCUUACCGUUGAUUAA